AUGCAACAAAACAAAAGAUAUCAACAAAAAAUUCUUGCUGCUCGAUAUUCGAUUCAUUGUGUGAAAGAUAAUUCUGUAGAAAAAGUUUCUGAACAAUUUAUUAUGACUGAAGUCCAACAAGAUUCAUUAAGUAAUCAAGAAUUAAUUCGCCUUGAAAAUGAUCCAAAUACACAGACCGAAAUCUCGUUGAAUGGUAAUAUUGAUCCUGAUAUAAAUGAUUUAUCAAGUGAAAAUGAUGCAUCAUCACAUGAUUCACAAUUGGAUUAUUCUUCUGAUGAAAAUGAAGCAUCAUCACAUGAUUCACAAUCGGAUUAUUCUUCUGAUGAAAAUGAAGCAACACAUGAUCAAAUUGAAAUCGAGCGUAAAACUUUUCUUCAACAACUGAUUGAGUUCAUUCGUGAUGCUAACCUAAACAAAACAGCAACGUCUUCGUUAUUAUCUUUGUUAAAUUCAAGCAAAUCUUAUGAUGAAAUUCCUGUCUCUAUAAAUCAAUUAUUAAAACAUUUAGAUAUAAAAUUUUAUUAUGAUAUUUUUAUUUAUUGUUCCACAUGCUUAACAUCAUUAAGUAAAAUUCAAGAUCGUUGUAUUAAUUGUGAAACUUCUACAAAAAAAACAAAUUCUGAAUUAAUCAUUUUUUCAAUUGCUGAGGAAUUACGACGAGUCGUCCAGUCAAAUAUUGAAUUAAUUAAAUGGUAUUCUUUUCGUGAGAAUCAAAUGAUAUCAGAUAUAGUACUUGGCGAUAUUUAUAAAGAACAAUGUUCAAAUAAUUCGACAUUGACUCUAAUGAUCACAACAGAUGGCAAACCGAUGAUCAGCUCAAAAGCAACACGUACCAGCGUGUGGCCUGUGAUGAGUUUUGUAGUUGAAAUACCACCUUUUAUACGUGAACGCUUGGACAAUAUGAUGUUACUGGGAUUAUGGCAUUCGCCUAUUAGUCCACCAACUGAUUUAUUAUUAUCAAGAAUUGUGUAUUUGAUUAAAUCAUUGACCAUGACUGUGUCAGGCAACAUUCGAACCUCUUAUGGUGUUCUUGGUUCUUCUCCUAUAUCAUCAAUUCUUUCUAUACCAUUACAGUCUACUCUUGAUUAUUUCCAUCUAGCUUUGGAAGUUCAUUUACGAACAUUAAUGUGUCAGUGGUGUGAAAUGAUUAAAGGUUAUCCAGGUGCUAUAGCUUUUAUCGAUGAUUUUUUAAAUAGUAUCAGUUAUCCUCAUUCUUUCAAUCGAACUCCAAAAGGCUUUCUCAAUUAUGGCAAGUGGAAGGCGUCGGAACUACGUACGUUUCUUGUAUAUGUUUCUUUACCUGCAUUAGUUCGAUUACGAUUGUCGAUGCCUAAAUGUUUUCCAGAAGUAUAUGUAUAUCAUUUUUCAUUAUAUUUCAUAUAUAUUCGUAAUCUUCGGCAUUUUUCUAAUCGUGAUGAAAUUCGCGAGAUGCCCACGUUCAUCGAAGAGUAUCUGAAGUUGUUUUCAUCGUUAUACGAUCAAUGUGCCGAACUAUAUUCGACACAUGCUUUGUAUCAUUUACAUGAACAAGUAGAACAACACGGUGGAUUAGCACACCAUAGCCUUUUUGCAACUGAAAGUUGUCUGAACCAUAUUGCAAAAUUAUCUCAUGGUUCAAUCUCCUUAGGACGGCAAAUUUCAUACUGGUGGUGCAUUCAUCGACAAAUUAAUUCAAGAAAGAUGAUAAAUCGUCCGACGUUGUUUACGAAGAGCGAGCUUAUUCUUGAUUCAUUUUUUGUUUAUGAUGUUAUAGAAAAUUAUCGUCAAGAAUUUGAUCUUGUUUAUAACCAAACCUUUGGUGAGUUUCCACCUCAAUCAAUGAAAUUUUAUUCUCGAUAUGUACACGGUUUAAUUGUAUAUCAUUCAAUGUCAUAUAGUAGAAGAAAUAAAAGCAAUAGUUUUAGUGUUUUAAUUGAAACUAGAAAUUUACGUGUACUUUUUAAAUAUCCUAUGGCAUAUUAUUCUGGUUCUCGAACACCUAGUGCUACAAGAAAAUCAUCUUAUACUGGUGUAAGUACUCAUUCGAAACCUGUUGAUGAUUAUGAGAUUGAAGUGGAAGGCGAAAACGAUCUUGAUAAUGAUUAUCCGAUUAUUCGAGAUGUACCAUUUUACAAUAGUCAACAACGUCGUUGCGUUGAUUCUCAAUCAAAUCGAAAUACAAUUUCUGAAAAAGAUAGAUAUUAUACACCACAACUGAAGAGAAAACGUGGUUCUGAAGCAAUUGAUCGUUUUCCAUUUGAUUCACUUGCUAAACAAUUAGAAAAUAUGCAAACAAUGAUGUGCGAUAUGAAUCGCAAAGUGGAUAUGAUGAUGAAGAAAGAAACAGAAGUUGAGAAACAGAUUGAAAAUGUCGAUAAAAGAAUUACUGGACUAGCUCGACAAGUACACAAGAAUCCAACUCCAAGUCCAGUACCGAGCGAUGUACCAAAAGUGAUGUAUAAUGAACGAAAUAUAUUAGCUGGUCCAAUCGAGCCUACUCCACUUGGUUUAAUGAAACAGCUCAUCAAUGAUUUAUUUACGGAAGACGAAAUUAUACUUGGUUAUCAUGAAGAAGUUAAUGAAAGAACGAACAAAAUCAAAGAAGCCGUGAAGAACUAUUACUUUCGUGACGAUGAUGAACAUUUUCGAGUUUUUUGGGAUUCCGUUGGACACAUAACUCGUGGCAAUCAACGACGAGGUCGUUCCUAUCGAAAAAAAAAGAAUGAUUUGGAACAACAAAAAUUGUACAAUGGUAUUGACAUCAAUAACAAUCAAUAUGAAGAUAAUCAAUAUUUAUAUAGUAUUAUUUCAAUGGAAUCUUUGCAAUCAAAACUUUCAGUUAGUGCAAUGACAGCUAAUCUUCGCAUAUUUACAGAGCCUCGUGGCUUAAUUCGUCUUCUUCAAUUUAUAUUCGCAAUAUUUGCAUUUGCUACAGCAUGCAGUGGUAGUUCUUCAGUAUUGCUCAUCAACUCGAGAAACAAUUCAAUAUCUGCAUCUUGGUCUUAUCCUUAUAAUUUAAAAAAUACACAAAUAAUAUCUGACAACAAACCUGAAAAACCAAUAUCUAGUGCAAAUGAUGUAAAACCAUCAGCUGAAUUUUUUGUAUUUACAGGUGUUACAUCAAUGUUAUUAUCACUUGGAUUUGCUAUUGUUUAUGUACUUAUGGAUCAGCGAUAUCGUAAUGAUGAACGUUUACCUUUGAUUGAUUUUAUUGUAAUAUUAAUCUGGUCUAUCUUUUGGAUUGCUGGAAGUGCAGCAUGGGCCAAAGGUGUAUCAAAUAUUCGUACGCAAACUAGUUGGGAAAGUAUAGCUAAACGUUCGGAUUUUUGUUCAGAGACGCUGCCAUGCAAAGAAGUUUAUUCUGGUACUUAUGGAAGUAUAAUCGUAUCUGUUAUAUUUGGUUUUUUAAAUUUUAUACUUUGGGCUGGUAGUGCUUGGUUUGUUUAUAAAGAAACAAGACUUUUUAAGAGUGGUACAGCACAACAACAGCAGCAACAAGAAUCAUCAGAACAACCUAGUAAUUUUUCUAAUUUUGGUGCACCGACUAUACAACAACAAUCAGGAAUUCGAUCACCAAAUUCAAUGGGUUAA